AUGAGCGAUAACCCUCCCUUACCGCCUGCCGUUCCCAGUUCCGGGACCCAACCGACGAAUGACGACAGCCAGGUCACUCAUCCGGAAGAUCCGCCUCUCCAAGUCACCAGCGAACUGCAACCCCCCGCACUGCCCGAAGGCCAUGAAGCAAAGGUGCCCGACAGUACGAGCAUCAGAGAAGGAGAGACUGCCCUGAACCUUUGCCUGCGAAAGCUAGAGGCCGACACCGAAUCUUUACCAGACAUCGAAAAAUGGAAAGACAUUAUUGACGUUCCAUCUCUAGAGGAUCAGCAGACGCCUCUGCAGUAUGCGGCCUCCAAAGAUUUUCCGAAGCUUGCGAAGCUGCUCAUUGAGGCUGAUGCCAAUCUCGAAACUGGCGGCACUAAGCGUCCUCUUUUGAUUGCUCUCAACGAAGAACACAUCGGAUUCUCCCGGCUACUCUUGGAAAAAGGAGCUUCACCCUAUUGCAAAGACUCAGACGGAUGGAACCCCAUACACCUUGCCGCAUGGGCAGAUUCAGAUGAGGAGUUGGUCGAGCUUUUGCUCGAGCGACCUUCCAAACCCCCCCUGGGCCUGAAUGAGACAGAAGGUUUUCAGUCUUGGACGCCACUCAACCUUGCCUCCUGUCACGGAAGAAUUAACUGGGUCAAGCACCUGUUGAAGAAAGAGGCUGAUGCUUGUCUUCAAGAUGAGAGUGGUUGGACACCGUUAACGUCGACUUUGCACUAUGGCCACUUCGAUAUAUUCGACAUCAUAUUCGAACACUUGCGGAAGAAUGACCCCGCUGCCCUCAGGAAAAUCAUCUGUCAACCAGCCAAGGACAAAUUGACUAUUUACAUGGUUCUCUACGGAGCAGUAGAUCACAGAAAGGCCUACAGCGCUCUUUCUGCCUUGAAAAAGCUCCUCCCCUUCUCAGGCCUUGAUCUUGGCCAGCGGGAUAGUGAUGGUCGAACUGUGCUCCACUAUGGUUUUGGUGCGGUCAGGGAAUAUCCUGGGGACGACCACAUUCAACGCAUGGCUGAGUUGCUUGUCGAAGAAUUGCCCAAACACGCUCUACUUUUUCGAAAUGACAAGGGCCAGACGGCAAUUGAAGACGGUUUGAAUGAGAAUUCGGUUGUCGACUUUUCGCAGCUACCUUGGUCCAACUUCCUGCAGAUGUUAAUCCGGCGACUUAAAGGAGAUCGAUCAGACAGAGAGGGUCUUCUGUGUUGGCUCGCAUCACGAGAACAUUAUCACAUCCAUGCCGAGACAAUACUGAGGGAUACAAUUACGGGAGUUCGGAGUGCGGACUUCAGCCGCAUCCCAGGUGCUGAUGGAAAGUUGAGCCUAGUGAAGCUGGCGAUUUGGCACGAGCUACCUCAUGUGCUUUUGGAAUGCGAAGUCUCGGAGGACGACUCAAAGGAAGGAAAAGCGUUGAUCAAGUAUUUGAGGGACGAUCCAAUCUCCAGCUUCGAAGCAUCGAAGGAACCGGACUCUCGCCAACAAAUCAGGAAGGUCGGGUUGGAGAAAUCCACGACGAAGCAGGUUGGUAAAAAGAUUCAGGACGUCACAAAGAUCCAUCCCAAUGCAGCGAGGCAACCUAAAGUCCUUGACCAGAUGGAAGACGUUCUUGACUAUAGUGUCAAGAAGAUACGAAGAGCAAGAGAUCCGCUCAAGGUCUCGAGCUCUGGGGACGAAAUGGAACAGAGUCGACAAAUGUUUGAAGCGGCUGUCGUUUCAAUCUGUCAAGACAACUCUCAGUUCAACAGAUACGCCAAGUUCCGAAGUGUGAAGAGCAUUAUAUACGACAACUCACCAAUCAGAUCAAUCAGCGAUACGAUCAACGAGAUGAAAAAGACCGCUUCCAAACCAGGCGAAGAGAGCAACUUCACAUGGAUUCAUCUCCCUGUUACCAACAUGGCCUGGAUGAUUGAUACCAUGAACAAGAUAUUGAAUCCUGAUCAGUCCGAUAACUUGAACAGCAACGACGAGGAUGAUCAAAUUGCUUCUUUCUUACGCAACAGUGGAGUUCAAGUUCCUGACGACAAGUCGCUUUCCCGAUACAUGCAGCCUCGGUACGUCAAAAAAAAGAAGGUGAAAGGGGAUGAUAACGAAUGCCUGGCAUCAGCACUCUACAUGCCGUUCCUGGAAGUAGGAAGCUAUGACAAAUCCACCGAGGAUUCCCAGACGCAUGAGGCUGUUGGCGGACCUAGGAAAACUGGCAAAACGCGGGCUACAGCUGCCACUAUUCUUACUGCUACUGCAACUAGACUCGCUACGUUCGCCACCAGACUCAAUACUGCUGCUACGAGGCUCGCUCAUACUGCUGACGCAACUAUCAAAGUCAGCUCACCAACAGAAACAGCCAACAAAGACAUUGCCUUGCCGAGUGUGUCUACUUCCGGAAAGAAAGCAGCACCUCCCCCGGUGCAUUUCUCACCCACGUUAGACGAGCAUUACUAUCAUUUUGACGAGAAGGAUACGCGAUCUCAAGAGGACAGGAAUUCGCGAAAUGAGCACCAAAUUAUCACCAAGUACUUGUAUCCGGACCGCCUGGAUUCCGAUACCUCAUGGGAAGUGCUGCGAGUUGGACAGCUUUGGGCUUGGACUAUUCGCGAAAAAUGGUUGAUAACAUCUACGUCCGUGGCAAACCUCAGGGAAGAGUCUGCAAAGAGCAGUAAGCCGUUUGUUGAACAUGUCUUGGAACACCUGUCCGAUCGGGCAGGUCAGAGCCCCAAUGGCGUAUCACGCACCCCCACUGAACUGAGCAGAGUAAUUGUGGAAUGCUGCAUCGGUGCCUACAGAAAAUCGGGCAACAAGGAUCAACGGGUGAAAAUUGAUGAGAAGGACAACGCGAGAAGUCGAAAGUCGCCAAGACCGUCGAUUCGCCAAAUGUUCUCCGGCUUUAUCAAUCAGAUUGGACGAGAAGAAGCGGGCUUAUUCCGCAAAUUGGCUGGCGUGCAGAGUGAUCCAACACCCCGGGAGACGCAUUUGGCAGACUCAGAAAGAGGAGACGCCAACGAUAUAUAUUCACUCGACUUUGAGAAAAGCACAAGAAAUGCUGCGAAGCUUCUAUACGACAUCAAGGAUGUUCGUGACGAGCUGAACAUUCUUAGAACCAUCGCCGAUUAUCAGAAGAGGGUACAGAGGAAAUUGAUUGGUACCGUUCCUGAUCACACUCCGGACGCCACUACCAAUUGGGACGAGGAUGAGACGGCCGCGUAUGUGAUGAACGACAUUGAGGAACUCGACAAGCUUGCCAAAAAGACUGAAGACGCCUUGAACACUACAAUCACAAUUCUCGAGAGCGAAACCGCAAAUGACCAGGGCAAAAGGGUGAUGGUGUUUACACUCGUCACUGUCUUCUUUCUGCCUCUGUCAUUCCUCAGCUCUUUGUUUGCGCUAGACGUGAACAAUUUCCUCGAGGCCCCCUGGUGGUCUCUGGUCAUUAUUUUUGUCGUCCCUCUUCCCUUUCUCCAUGCUGCCAACGGAUAUUUGAAAGAUCGAGAUCCAUUCACAUUUUACUUGUCGGACAAGAAAACCAAAAACAACACACCGGAACAGACGCAAGGUUCGGGCAGCAGAACUGUUCGGAACCGUCGCAACAGGACUACACCGGACCAAUCAGACAAUGUGUAG